CUUAUAGCUCCUCAGUGACAUCACACAGGCUCCGCCCCACGCUACCCACUCUCGAUACUUCUGCCGCUCGCCUGCGCCCCGGAAGCUGCCCCUACUCGGGGGUCAUGAUGGGCAGCAAGAUGGCUUCCGCCACCAGGGUCGUGCAGGUAGUGAAGCCACAUGCUCCGUUAAUAAAGUUCCCUAACAGAAGAGACAAACCUAAGCUCAGUGCUUCAGACACUUUGAGAUCUGCUGCGCUACCCUCCCACUCCUCUGUAAUUUCCCAGCAUUCUAAAGGAAAUUUGUCCCCAAAUUUACUGAUGCAUCAGGGGCCACCAGACACUGCAGAAUUAAUAAAAUCAUUACCUCAGAAAUACAGGAGGAAACCUAUGUCUCAGGAGGAAAUGGAAUUUAUCCAGGUACGUCGCUGCUCUCUAGCACAAGGUUGUGCACAGUGCCUGUGACAUUUUGGGUUUGCAGUUUCCUCCUUUUGUUUUGUCAAAUGGGAUCAUAACUAAGGGAGAUGAAGAGAAAGGCCAGGGCUGUCAGGCACAAAUCACGCUCAGGGCCAUCAGUAAGUAUGGAGGAUAUAUGAAGAAAUAAAACCAUACAGGGGGUUUGAGAUGUAGAACUCCUGCCAAGCAUGUGCCAAACCCUGGGUUCAGUUCCCGCAAAACAUAAAGCCAUAUGAAAAAAAGCCCUUUGGGUAAAGGGUUUGUAAUUUUUCCAAGUAUAAAGGGCUUCUGAGACCAUGGAUAAAGUUGAGGGUAACUGAUGUCAUCAAUUAUCUUUUUUUUUUCCUUUUGUUUUGAGACAGGUUUGAGACAGCUCUGGCUGUCCUGGAAUUUGCUAAGAAGACCAGGCUGGCCUCCAACUCAGAAAUUCACCUGCCUCUGACUCCCUGGUACUGGAAGUAGGAUUAAAGCCACCACCGCCUGGCGGUGGCUUCUUUUUUUAAAUUGGGCUGGAGAGGUAGAUGAUUCAGUGCUUGAGAGCACUGCUUUUUUUCCCAGAGGACCUGGGUUCAAUUCCCAGCACCCGCUGGGAGCUCACAACCAUCUGCAGCUCUUAUUCCACCGAGUCUGUUACCCUCUCAUCUGAUAUUCUACGUAAAAAUAAGAUUAAAUGGAUUGUUAAAGAAUGACAUCAUCAGUUUUAAAAAGAUCAAAAGCUGUCUGGGAUUGGUGGCUCACAACUAGUCUUCACUAAGAAGGCUGAGGCAGGAGGAUUGCCAUGAUUUCUCGGAGGCCAAGUCGGGGCUGUGUACUGAAUUCUAGGCCAGCCUGGGUUAUAGAGUGAGGCCUUGUGUCAGACAGCCAGAACUGGAAGGUCACUUUUUACUGUGUAAACAAUGGCCAGUUUUGUACUGACCUCAGUGCCUUGUGUUUCUCUUUUCAGCGUGGGGGUCCAGAGUGAUCGUCGUUGUGGCUGCUGCUUGUGACCAGGCAGAAGGAUUAGCUUUACAAUAAAGGACUUCCACAAUGUCAAAUGAAAAGUCACAUAUUAAACAACCUUAAUAAAUGUUCUGUAAGCAGAAUGAAGUAUAGAAACUCCAGGCGGUCACUUGAAUCUCCUACCUUAUGUAUCUUGGUCACUUCCCCACAAGCUGGCCUAUACACUUACGAAAGUCUACAUUUUUAAAUGCUAGCUUGUUAACUUACUCUUGAUUAUGAAGUGUUACCGGUGAUGAGCUAUUAAAAGCACAUGGUAUCUAAUAAA